UUGGAGUUGAUGCAAAUUAUUAUGAUAAAGGUGAAGACACAUAUCAUUCAUUUUCACCACCACUGCAUUCUAUUCCACCACCUGGAAGUUAUGUACUAAGUCCUAAUUAUCCAAAUAUUUCACAAAUUUCCACUGGACCAGCACGUACACCAAAAAAACAUCCUAUUUUCGAAAGAUUUCAGACAAUUGAACUUAAACCUGGACUGAUUUUUUGUGAAGCACUCUUUAAUUUUGCAUGUUUUGAUGUUGCUUAUCAAUUAAAUAUACCAAUGGUUUCAUUUAAUACUGACUUUAUGGUUGUUAAUCCACCAUAUAUUUCUGAUCCAAUGAUUGAAUGUAAAACUUAUAUGGAAAAUGAAUCAUUUUGGAAUAGAUUUAAAUGUGAAAUACUUAAAUCACUGAGUUUAUAUUAUACAUUUUAUUCACAUUCAAAUGAUUUAAAUCAAUAUAGAAUACAAUUGGGUGUUGAACCAACAUUUAAUCCAUUGGAAAGAAUUAAAAAAUCAUUAUUUUUGGUUGAUUAUAUACACCCAUUAUCAUCAGAACUUGUGAACUUUUUAUCAGAGCAUCCUCAAACAAUACUUGUAACAUUUGGAACAAUUUUUCACACAACAAAAGAAAAUAAUGAAAUUUUAUUAAAAGCAUUCACUGAAGCAAUUGAUAAAAAAAUGAUUGAUGAACAUUUACCACAAUUUGAUUUGUUAAAUGCAACAAUGGCUAAACAUAUUCACAUUGUAAAUCAUGUACCACAGAUGGCACUUUUAGCACAUGAAAAUAUUAAAGUAACUUUAAGUCAUGUAGGUCGAAGCAGUUGUUAUGGAUUAUUAUAUUAUGGAGUGCCAGUAUUGUCAUUACCCUUAGCAUUUGAUCAAUAUGUAAAUGCUGAAAGAUUGGAAUUUCUUAUUUUGGCUAGAAUCAACAGCAAAAGAAAGUAUAGAGCAGCAGAUUUAAUUGAAUAUAUGAUACAUGCAAAUACUUUGGAUGAUAGAAAUGAAGAUGAUAAAGAUAUUGAUGGAUUGAUGAGAGAAUGGAUCACACCUGACACCAGAAUGGGAUUUUUUAAAGGAAAUUAUUGGUGCAUUCUUUAUGAUAUUGUUGAUAUUAUUGGGUUUAUUAUGUUGGAUCAGUUUAAAAACUCUAAAAACUUUAUUUAA